UGAAGGUCUUAUGUAAAAAUCAGACAUUGAUAAAAACUCAAAGAGAACGAGCAGUGCCAAUAGAGAAACGUUUUACCAACUUUUGUUAGUGUUUUCAAAAUGAACGGCGAAAAGGCGGAAGAAAGGCGAAAUAAUCCCAGGCAAAGUGCAAGUCUAAUUUCUAGAAUAACUUUUUGGUACACUUACGACUUGUUUAAAAUAGGAUAUAAACGAGAGGUCGAAGAAAAGGAUUUGUAUGAAGUGCUUCCUCAAUUCAACACGUCCGAACUUGGAGAUCAUAUGGAACGCGAAUGGAAUCAAAAUAAAGAACAUAGGAAUGCUAUGUUUUUAGUUUUGUGGAAAAUGUAUGGCAAGUAUUACUGCACACUUAGUGUAACGAUGCUCUUUACAAUUGUACUUAACGUUGUCCGCCCCAUAAUCUUUGGCAAACUGGUUUUCUUUUUCACUCCUGGACAACAAAGCCUAACUAAAGCAGAUGCCUUGCUUUACACUGCAAUUUUGCUUGUGCUUCAACUAGUUGAUGUCAUUUGUAGACAAAAUUACAUUUUCUUAACGGAAAAUUUAAUCAUCAAAAUUCGCACUGCGUUUUGUUCAUUGAUUUUUCGAAAAUUUCUUACGCUUCCAGUAAGUUGUUUACACCACGUUAGCUAUGGCAAUGUUGCAAAUUUGAUAACAAGAGACAUCGGUGCAUUUGAUCAGUUCUUCCUUCACUUCACUUACGGUUGGUCUGGAAUCAUCGUUACUCUAAUUUCAUGUUACAAUAUGUAUCGACGUAUUGGUUGGCCAGCUGCCGUGGCAAUUCUUGCAUUUGCUGUAUUCAUUCCUCUUCAGGUUCUUGCAGGAAUAUGGAUCGCUUCACUCAAGAGAGAGACAUCUAAGAAAACAGAUAAAAGACUUCAAAAAUUUAAGGAAGUUUGUUCAAACAUUAGAAGCACAAAAAUGUAUGUUUGGGAAAAGUACGUGAAAAACAAAAUAUCUUUGGCAAGAAAGGAAGAAAUGACUAUUCUAUUUAAAAUUUUUAUUUUGUUAUUUCUGUCUAUUGCAACGGGAAUCAUAGUCGUCAACGUAACAUUUUAUUUUGUUGUAAUGAUUAAUAUUUGGAUUGAUCAAAUUAUAACGGCGGAAGUUAUGUACUUCAUCAAUGGUACCUUCUUGACUCUCACUUUUAUCAUGACAAUAUCAUUUCCCUUUGCAACAUUUAGUUUAUCCCAAGCGAUUACUGCCAUUAAAAGAAUGCAAACUUUAGCUCAUACAUUAGAAACGCAUAGCAAAGGAACGUGUCGCACACUUAAAACAGAAACACCAGAAGUCGAAUUUUCAAAUGUGACAGUUAUAAUCGACAAUAAAACAAUUUUCGAAAAUGUUAGCAUUCAUGUUUUUUCAGGACUAACUCUAAUAACCGGACCUACCGGUAGCGGUAAAAGUGUAUUUCUUUUGACAAUUUUGAAAGAGUUUGAAAUAUCCGAUGGAAAAUUAUUUGUUCAGGGGAGAUUGUCUUACGCAUCACAGGAACCUUGGCUAUUUCCUGCUAGUAUCAAACAAAAUAUACUUUUCGGAAACAAUUAUAAUCAUAAACGCUAUCAAGAAGUUUUGCAUGUUUGUGAUUUAAAUUAUGAUUUAGAUUUACUAGAAAAUGGUGAUUCCACUGUAGUAGUCGAUGGUGGAGUUAACCUAAGCAAAGGACAACGAAGUAGGAUUAAUUUAGCAAGGGCUAUAUAUCAAAACAGCGAUAUUUAUUUAAUAGAUGACUGUCUGUCUAGUUUGGAUCCUUUAGUUUCUAACCAUAUUAUUACAAAUUGUAUUUUAAAGCUUUUGCGUAACAAAUUAGUUUUUCUCGUGAGCCAUCAUUCGGAUUUAAAACAUCAUGCUGCGAACAUUCUAAACCUUCAUAAUCAUUCGGAUUUAAAACAUCAUGCUGCGAACAUUCUAAACCUUCAUAAUGGAAAUGUAAACACACGGAAAAAUUAUUUAUCGGAUGAUGUAGAAAGUGACAAUCCAAAUAUCACUCCACGUAUUCCCAACACUUUAAUAACAACUGACAUAACUACUUCCAUUGAUUCUGAAAGAGAGAAAUUGAACGAAACUACAAAAACAAAUAAAAUUUAUGGUGAAAUAAACAAAUCGGGUUCGGUCCCUUUAAAGGUUUACACCGAAUAUAUACGCUUGGGAGGUGGAGCUGCUACGUUUUUAAUAAUUUUUUGUAUUUUUAUUGUAACUCAAUUAUUAGUAAGCUACAAAGAUAAAUUAAUAAGUAACUGGGUAAACUUGGAAGACAAAAUUUCUCGAAAUAAUCAUACUGUUGGCAACGUAUCAUACCUACAUCUUGUAGAAGAUCGUAACCACCUUUUGCGUCACUACACCGGUGCUGUUGUGGGACUGUCUGUCGCUAUAUUGAUUAGAGGGUGGGCACUGUUUCAAUUUUCAAGAAGAAUAUCACUGAGUUUACACAAAAGAAUGUUGAACUGUGUUAUUGGUGCUUCUCUUCAAUUUUUUGACACAACGUUUUUAGGAAAUAUUGUGAAUAGAUUUUCGAAAGACCUUGACAGUGUCGAUGAAAAUAUCCCAUUCCCUCUAAACAAUUUGAUAUCUAUCGUCUUUGAAACUGUUGGAAGUAUUGUACUGAUUUCCUCGACCAACAGACGACUACUUUUACCAAUCGCUUUACUUUUUGUGAGCCUAAUAUUUUUGCGAUGUGUUUACAUAAAAUCAGGAAGACCGCUGAAAAGGCUAGAUGUCUCAACUAAGAGUCCUGUGCUUGGAUAUCUAAACGCCACAUUAGAAGGAGUGCCAACUAUAAAGGCUUUCGGUGCACAAAAAAUUGUCACGAAGGAAUUUGAGACACACCACAACCUUUAUAAUUCGGCGUCGUAUUCAUACACCGCCAAUUUGAAAGCUUUUGUGUUUGUGGCAGACGUGUUUGCAUCCAUCUUCAUCGUUGUGGUUAUUUUGCAAUUUAUUUUUGACAGAGACGUGCUACCUGGAAACUUUGGAUUGGCAAUUUCACAGUCUUACGCAAUUUAUAAUGUAAUUUUCUACGGAAUGCAGAAGUGGGUCGAUUUAGAAACACAAAUGACUUCAGCGGAACGUGCUAUGGAAUAUACAACCAUACAGAAAGAGUCUGAAUCUGGAUUAGAAAUCGAGAAUUGGCCAAAUCUCGGUGAAAUUAAGUAUGAAAAUGUGUGCCUCUCUAUGAAUAAGUCUGACUCAUACAUAUUAAAAAAUAUAAAUUUUCAUAUUAAACCUAACGAAAAGUUGGGAAUUGUGGGGCGUACAGGAGCUGGUAAAUCGUCAAUUAUAUCAGCGCUUUUUCGUUUGUACGAAAUUAAAGGAAGAAUCACAUUAGACGGGGUCGAUAUUAAAACGCUUUCAUUACAUUUUCUUAGAUCGAAUAUUUCUGUAAUUCCCCAAGAUCCCCUCUUGCUUAGCGAAACACUACGGGAUAAUAUAGAUCCAGAGCAAGUACACACAGACGAAGAAAUCUGGAAUGCUUUACGUACUGUGGGAAUGAACAAAAUUAUUUCAACGUUAAAUGCUAACAUUAAGAAAUUUGAGUUUAGUUGCAGUCAGAAUAGAUUACUGUGUUUAGCUAGGGUGUUAAUAAAAAAGAAGAAAAUAUUAGCUGUCGACGAAAUAGUCGAACACGUGGACACUAAGACAGAAAACUUAAUUUAUAAUAUUAUCAAUGAACACUUUAAAUUUUGUACUGUUAUUAAAAUAGCACACAGAUUAAAAUUUGUUCUAGAUUGCGACAAAGUGUUAGUGCUGGAUAACGGCAGCGUUGUUGAAUAUGAUAGUCCAGAAACUUUGCUGAAAAAUCAAAAUGGUUUGUUUUAUAAGAUAUAUCAACUGCUGCUAUGGACGUUGGAAUAUCAACUGAAAUGUCUUCUGUUAGUGUUACUUGAUUGUCCAAAGCAGAGUAUGAGUAUUUUCCAUGCCGGCAACUAG